GUCCUGUAGCUCUACUGUCUGUCGGACACGAAAUUCGACCAAUGCGUCCACGCCAACUAAAGGUUAGUUGCUCUCUCUCUGUUCACGAUCUCAGAUAGGGAGUCUCUUGAUUCCUGUAGCGUUCCAUGACCGUUGCAAUCACUGACAAAAAGAGUAAAGUAGAAAAACAAAAGAAUCUCUUAAAAGCAUUUUAUAUAAACGAAAACAAAGUUAGUUCACUUGCAGGGCAAUGGCGAGAGGAGUCGAGCAGCUUAUCUUCUUAAUAUCACUGUUACUUACUCUUCUGGUUUUGUGCAGAGGAAGCACAAUUGGAGUUUGCUAUGGAAGAAAUGCUGAUGACCUCCCAACUCCUGAUAAGGUUGCUCAGUUGGUUCAACAACAUAAAAUUAAAUACUUGAGGAUUUAUGACUCUAGUAUCCAGGUUCUCAAGGCUUUUGCAAACACUGGAGUUGAACUUAUGAUUGGAAUUACAAACUCCGACCUACUACCAUUCUCUCAAUUCCAAUCCAAUGUAGAUACAUGGUUGAAAAACAGUGUCCUUCCUUACUACCCGGCUGCAAGGAUCACAUACAUAACUGUUGGUGCUGAAGUAACAGAAGGCCCUGGUAAUGCCUCUGCCCUAGUUGUACCUGCCAUGCACAAUGUUCUCAUGGCCCUAAAAAAAGUUGGUCUGCAUAAAAAGAUCAAAGUUUCGAGCACCCAUUCUCUUGGGGUUUUGUCCCGUUCUUUCCCACCAUCUGCAGGGGCUUUUAAUAGCAGCCAUGCAUUUUUUCUGAAACCCAUGCUGGAAUUCCUCGCUGAAAACCAAUCUCCUUUCAUGAUUGAUAUUUAUCCUUACUAUGCUUAUAGAGAUUCCCCAAAUAAUGUGUCUUUGGAUUAUGCUCUAUUUGAGUCGUCUUCAGAAGUGAUCGAUCCAAACACGGGUUUGCUUUAUACAAACAUGUUUGAUGCUCAGAUUGAUGCCAUUUAUUUUGCCCUGAUGGCUCUGAAUUUCAGAACAAUUAAAGUAAUGGUCACUGAGACAGGCUGGCCAUCCAAAGGGUCAUCAAAGGAGAAAGCUGCAACCCCUGAUAAUGCCCAGAUUUACAACACCAAUUUAAUUCGUCAUGUCAUCAAUAACUCUGGUACUCCUGCAAAGCUCGGGGAGGAACUAGAUGUUUAUAUUUUCUCACUGUUCAAUGAGAACAGGAAGCCUGGUAUGGAAUCUGAGAGGAACUGGGGAUUAUUUUAUCCAGAUCAAACAAGUGUCUAUAGUCUGGAUUUCUCUGGAAAAGGUGUCCUUGAUGUGCCUGCAAACAAAAGUUUGACCAGUUUUAAUGGCACAACUUGGUGCAUUGCUUCAAAUAAUGCUUCCCAACUUGACUUGCAGAAUGCCUUAGAUUGGGCAUGUGGCUCUGGCAAUGUGGAUUGCUCUGCUAUUCAGCCUAGUCAACCAUGUUUUGAGCCAGACACUCUUGUCUCCCAUGCAUCGUAUGCGUUCAACAGUUACUACCAGCAAAAUGGGGCUUCUGAUGUUGCUUGCAGUUUUGGAGGUACAGGAGUUAAAGUCAACAAGGAUCCAAGCUAUGAUAAUUGCAUGUAUAUGAUCACUGGGAGCAACAAAACAGCAGCAAGUAACACAACAGCCAUUGCCUCAACUUCCUCCUCCGCCCAGAAUGAAGCCUGUGCAUGGAUUUCUAGUUUUCUUCUAAUGACCUGCGUUGUGUAUUUUUUAUCUUUUGAACAUUAGUAAUGGACAUGGAAGCAGGAUCAUGCAGGCACAGUGAAGUCGACCAGAAAACAAUGGACCGUGUGGUGAGGCAAGAGGCAUCGUUUUGAAUUUUUUUUUUUUUUGGCUUGUGUAUAUCCUGAGAAAAAACGCAUCUGUCAAGGAGCUAUCCGCCAUCCUAGUUUUGUAUGAUUUAGUACUUGUUUAGAGGAAUGCAAGACUCAUCCAUCUUAAUUGUUGUAUGGUUUGUUCUCUUU